AUGGCUUCGCAUCAGUCCUCGGGCACAGCCGGGUCCUAUGAGGAAGAACCCGACCACCAGCCACACACCAACAAACUCAAACCCCAGGCCUGGCUGCAGGAGGAAAUGUGUCUGAAUAACAGACCAGAAUGGGAGAGAUAUCAAGGAAAGUGUUAUAAGUUCAACACCAGGAAGUCCUCCUGGAAUGAGAGCAGAGAUUCCUGCAGAGCUCAGGGAGGAGACCUGGUGAAGAUCGACAGCAGAGAUGAGCAGAUAUUCCUUGAGAUCAGACUGAGAGACUGGAUGGAGGAAGGUGAGGACAAGUUCUGGAUCGGACUGACAGACUCAGAGGAAGAAGGCAAAUGGUUGUGGGUGGAUGGAUCACCUCUGGACAAAAGUUUGACAUUUUGGAUGAACAAGGAACCUGAUGACUGGAAAGAAAUGAAUCCAGCUGGAGAAGACUGUGUGAGGAUGGGGCUGAAAGGAGGAGCUGGUGAUCUGAAGUGUUGGUUUGAUAUAUCCUGUGAUGUUCAUCACAAAAGUAUCUGUGAGAAAUCAAUAGUUCCUGGUCUAAGACCAUCUGUCUGUAGAUAAAGUUCAGUUCAGACUAUAAAACAGUCUUAGAACAGGAUCAAGAAGCUGCAGAGAUGCUAUUUUCAUAAACAUAAUGUCACAAACAUUUAAAG